GGCCCCGGCGGGCCCGGAGCGUGGACGAGCAGCGGGAGGGGGAACCCCCAGUGCUGUAUCCACAUUUUGUAGGGAAGGUUUGCUGGGACCCUGGCCCCACCCAGUCAGCAGAAUGUCAGCCACGCUGGAUCUGAAAUCAAAGGAGGAGAAGGAUGCUGAAUUGGACAAGAGGAUCGAGGCUCUUCGACGGAAGAAUGAGGCCCUCAUCCGGCGCUACCAGGAGAUCGAGGAGGAUCGUAAAAAAGCUGAACUGGAGGGCGUCGCCGUGACAGCUCCCCGGAAGGGCCGCUCGCUGGAGAAGGAGAAUGUGGCUAUUGACGUGGAGAAGAACCAGGGUCCUUUCCGGAGGGCUCCUGGGACCCCUCGGCCCCCGGGGACCCCUCGGCCCCCGGGGACCAGCAGGGGAGGAGGCCGGACUCCCCCCCAGCAGGGGGGCCGGGCAGGCAUGGGCCGGGCCUCCCGCACCUGGGAGGACAGUCCUGGGGAGCAGCCUCGAGGAGGAGCUGGUGGCCGCGGCCGGAGGGGCCGGGGCAGAGGGUCCCCUCAUCUCUCUGGAGCUGGAGAUACCUCCGCUGCCGACCGCAAAUCCAAGGUAGGAGCUGGGAAGGGGCCCCCGUUGUUUCUCUCUCUUCCUCUCUCAGAUGCACCGUUUGCCUGUUUGUCCAUCUUUCUGUGCGUCUCUCUCUCUUUCAGCUCCUCCGUCCGGCUCUUUCUCUCUCUCCCCCUCUUGACCAGUGCCUGUGUGUAUGCUCCCUGUCUCUGUUUUCCUUCUUCUUCUUCUUUUUUUUUGCUGUCAGGUGUGUGCUCGCCAUCUGACUUCCUUCACCU